AUGCAGAUCUUCACUCUCGCCACCCUCCUUGCCCUCAUGGAGAUUGCCUCGGCCAAGCUUCACAACCAGGCCGUUUGCGUCACCAACCGCAAGUACGCUUCCAACGGAGGAACUCCCUUCAGCGUCAGCUACAACUGGCGUGUAAACUACGAGAUUCUUCCCGACGCCACCAGAUGCGCUUGCGACUACUACAGGAACCGCAACACUGGUAACAACCAGUGGGAUAAGUGCCCUGACUGCAACUUUGAUGGUCUUGUUUGCGGGUCUCGGGACUGGCACAUUGGCGGUGAUGAGUUCACCUACUACUGCGAGAAGAAGUGUGGUGCCCAGGGAGCUGAGGCUAACUAG